AUAUAUUUUAUCUAAAAUUUCAUCUUCUUACUUCAAAUUAUUAUUGUUAAGGUCAAAUGGACCCUAAUCAAUAUAAUUUUCAACAAUCUAUGUUCCAUUUCAUGCAAAAUUAUCAAAAUCCUAACCCUCAAAAUUCUCAAUUUCUCUCACCGGCAACAAAUUCUACCGCAAUUUUUCCGUCACCAAACAACCCAAAUAUGUAUUUUCCACCUCAAGUAAAUACUCAUGGGUUUAUGUCCGAACGCCAAGUUCCACAAUUUUCAACUCAAGUUGGUAUUGAAAUUACUACCGUUGAAAAAGAACAAAGGCAUUCCGUUAAAAAAAACUCGAGAGGUAUUCACGAGGGAAGAGGAUAUACUUCUUAUGCAAUCAUGGCUUAAUGUUUCAAAGCAUCCUAUUGUGGGAGUUGAUCAAAAAGCCGAAGGUUUUUGGUUAAGAAUCACCGAUAACUAUAAUCAAUAUCGUGGGCAGUUGCGAGAAAAGCUACAAGGCCAAUUAAAAUGCCGAUGGCAUCGAAUAAAUGACCUUGUUCAAAAAUUUGUUGGGUGUUACAAACAAGCUGUUAAUGGUAAAAAAAGUGGUCGAUCAGAAAAAGAUAUUUUGGCUAAUGCACAUGCUUUUUUUCUUCAAGAUGAAGGAAUAGCAUUUAAUCUUAAGUAUGUGUGGCGUAUGUUAAAAGAUGAACCUAAAUGGAUGGGAGCAUCAACUAAAAAUUCUUCAAAAAGAACAAAGAAUUCUGCUAGUGGGGCACACUCAUCAAGUUAUGAAUAUAACUCAUCGUCACCAAUGGAGCGUCCAAUGGGGCAACAAGCGGCAAAAAGGAAAAGUAAGGCAAAGGAAAAGAGUCACGUGGCUUUCCAGGUAUUUGCAUGGAAAGGACAAUUUUGUCGAGGUGAUCAUGGUAAGCCCACAAUCAUGCUUGAAGAAGUGGCAUCACAAGACUUAUGGAUUUGGCAUGCAUUUUUUGGUAUUGCAGGUUCAAACAAUGACAUUAAUGUGCUAAACCAAUUCAAUGUGUUUAACGAUAUUUUGGAAGGACAUGCGCCGCAGGGAGAAAAGAGGAAACUAUUUGCUCAACAUCAAGAAUCAGCUAGAAAGGAUGUGGAGCGGGCAUUUGGAGUGCCCCAAUCUCGAUUUGCAAUUAUACGUGGCCCAACGCGUGCCUGGCAUAUGGAAACCCUCAAGCAUACCAUAUAUGCUUGCAUCAUAUUGCACAACAUGAUUGUUGAAGACGAACGACACACAUAUGGAGGUGAUUUUGAUUACUCUUAUGAUAAUGUAGAUGACACGUACUCAACAACUGAAACAAUUAACGGUCCUCAUCCGAAUCUUGCAACAAGACUACAAAGAAGAGCAAGUCUUCGUGAAAAACAAGUUCAUCGCCAACUUCAAGGAGAUCUAGUCGAGCAUAUUUGGGAACGUUUUGGACAUGAGAAUGAUGAAAAUUAA